AUGAAAUUAUUUUGUUUUUACAUAAUAGCUUGCAUCUGCGCUUUCGAGUUACACUAUACAUCUGAUCCAAAAGCACUCUGUCUAGAUGGAUCUCCAGCAGUAUUAUUUUUAUAUAAUUAGUCCUUCUAUUAAGCAGUAGGUUAUGGAACAGGGGUAAAGAGUUAUAUUCUACAUUUCUAAGGAGGAGCGUAUGUAUAUUUUAAUAAACUUUUUAGAAGAAUAGAAGGAGCAACUUAUGAUGACAUGAUCAAAUCUGCUUACUUGAGGUUAAUAUUGAAAUUAUUUAAAGAUCCAAAACAAAGUUGGGAAGCUCCAAAAAUCUGAGCAAAACCACGGUAUUUGAGGGAAUGUUUGCCAGGACAGAAUAAAAGAACCCAUACUAUUAUAAUUGGAAUCUGAUUUUCUUUAAUUAUUGUGAUGGAUCUUGUAAAUUUUUUAAAUAAUUUAAAGUACAUUAAGGAUAUAAAACUGAGCCUGUUGAGUUUUUAGGAACCAAAUUGUAUUUCCGAGGUGAUGCAAUAGUCAAAUCAUUCCUAUCUGACCUAUUACCAGAGCUUUCUAAGGCUGCAACUGUCAUUGUAGCGGGAUGUUCUGCAGGUGGGAAUGCAGCUUAUUUUUGGAUCGAACAUAUCAAAGCAUUAUUGCCAUCAGAUGUUAAUGUCUAUGGAGUUCCAGAUUCAGGAAUGGCCUUAAACUUACCAGCUAUAGAUGGAACAGAUUAUCCAACAGAAUCACUUAAUUUAUUAAUAGAUUUAGUGAAUAUAGAGGUUACUCAUCCUAAUAAAUAAUGUGUUUCGAAGUUCAAAAACGAAGUUUGGAAAUGUUAUUAUGCUCAAUAUUUAUUUGAGUUUAUUCAAACCCCUUUAUUCAUUAUCUAAUCUAUGUACGAUUAUUACAGUCUCACUGCGAGAUUUAAAAUAGAUUGUGCAAAGAACUAUUCAUUAAAUAAUUGUUCUCAAGAGUAAUUAGAUUUUGCGUAAAACUUAUACAAACAAAACUAUGAAGUCUUGAGUUAAAGAAAGAAGGAUCAUCCUGAAACUGGUGCAUUUGCUCCAAGUUGUUUAGAGCAUUGCUUUUUAUUAAAAGAUUACUAUAAUUCUUAAGAUUGGGAAGUUCCUGGAGAAUCAGGGAACACCAUAUAAGAAGCCAUAAAUAAUUGGCUAAACUCUAAACCGAAUCCAGAGAAUAACUUUUACGUUGAUAAUGUAGAAUGGCCAAACAAUAAAAAGUGUUCAAAUGCUGACUUCAGUAGUUAUUCCCAUCUAUACGUCAUCAGUAUUCUAUUGAUAUCAAUGAUUAUUUGA